AUGUCUGUAUCGUCACUGCUCGAGGAGCCGAGUAUAAAGACGGCCAGGAUUGGGACUGGUGAUCCGGCUACAGCCAGAGCGGAGAUGGUGCUUAGGAUCUACCCAGCCCUGCUCAACGCAAUUGUUCCAUUGUACAGUGGUCCAUCACUGCCCUGUUGCCCGCAGCUAGCCCGGACUGCUACCGGCAAACAUUUACCGAGCUUGUUGAAAGCAGCGUACAGUCAUUUCGAAGUCGUAUCGCCGGCGCCCUUGAUGGUCAGGAAGGGCGGUACUCUGCACGCCAGUGGCUUGCUCCAUGCUCGCGGGAGGCAGGCCGCCGAGCGUCGCAUCCUCAUUAUGGUGUAUUCUUCCCCUGUGCCUGUCUUUGGGUUCUUCUGCUUCGAUAAAACGAAGGAACUCAGUCUUCCCUUGAAUAUACCAUAUCCGGCUGUUGCAAUAAUCUACGCAAUUCACCGUAGUGUUCGGCCUUAG